AACCGUAGCUCCCGCGAUUGCCUGGCGAUCUGGCGGUGACGGAGACAGAGAGGAGAGACUGAUGGCGCCGGUGAUUCCGGUGGAGGCCACAGCGGCUCAGGACCCCAUCGGCGGGGGCGCAUCAGCGGCGCCCCGGGCGGAAGCCUUGAAGCCUCACGACCCCAUUAGGAGGGGGGUUUCCAUCGGGGGCGCAGCGGGCGCGCCGGAUUGGGAAGAAGUCAAGGCGGAAGCAAGGCGGAUUAUCCGGCGAUCUACAGACCGGAAGAGGUGCUGGAAGCAAAUGAAGAGGCGAGCGGAGGAGAUGAUGCGCGUGAAUCCACUGAAGAUCCUCCCUGAUCUGGCGGGGAACGUGAAGAUGGGCGACUACUACGGUGAUAAAUCCGAGGUACAGAAAUAUGGUAGGGGUUGUAAUUCGCUGGAUUUGAUCCCGUCCGGGACAGGGGGUUCGAUUUUGGGUGCUGGUAGUAUGGAAACUAGUACUAUUGUUCAGGAUUAUAGAGAAAUCUAUUCGGUGGGAGAUAUGGAUGAGGAAGAGAGAAAUCAGGGAAGGAGUCCUAUCUAUACAAUAAAGGAAAAUAGAGAAAUUAGUGGGAUUUUAUUUUGGAAACUGCCCAUUUAUGAUCCUUUAAUUUUUGUUAAGUGUACAAUUUUCGUCCAGUUGGUGGCGAUUCUGGGAGAGGGGGUAUACUAUAUCAACUACAGAGGGGUGAGGGGUUUCCUCUUGAGUUUCUUCCCUGUACGAGCUGUAUUAGUGUGUAAGGAAGAGAUGGAGAUGGAGAGGAAGGGGGAGGCGGAGAUGGAGAUGGGUCAGGGAUCGGGGAGUGUGCCGGCGACCAUGGGGAGCGGUUCUCCUGCUCUGGCUACCUCACCUGGGGGCGAGAGGAUGAAGGAGUCCAGGCGGCCCUGUGGGGAUGACUCACCGCUGGUCAUCGAUAUGGAGGCCGCCAGGAGGGCUGUGAGGGGUUUCUUGGCGGUAGGGCGACUUCUGUCGCCAUUCCAAGUUCACCCGCAGGUCCUUGUCGAUGACCUUCGUGCUUCGUCGGCUUGGAGGCUGAAAGGCGAGGUCACCGUCCAGGAGGUGGACAGGGGCGACGGGAGGUUCAUCCUGAACUUCUCCGCCGACGUGGACAGACGCUUUGUGUUGAAGGCCCAGCCGUGGCACCAUAAGCGUGAUGGGAUCGUCUUCGCCGAGUUCGACGGCAAGGGUAACCCAGCGAAGGUGGAUCUUGGAACCAUGGCUAUUUGGGCCCAGGUUCGUGACCUACCGUUUGAGCUUAAAACUGAAGAUGUGGGUACGUCUCUAGGGGGCCAAAUUGGGGAAGUGAUAACCGUCUCACACCAGAAUCACAUGAUAGUAGAAAAGUAUUUGCGUGUUCGCGUGAAAGUCCCGCUACAUGAGCCAAUCAAGAGUCUAGUAGAAUUCACUCCACUAGGCAGCAAAGAAAAACGUUACUUUGAUGUUCGUUAUGAAAAGUUGCCAUCAUAUUGUGAGUGUUGUGGGCUUGUAGGCCAUAUGUCGGAGAGGUUCUGUAGGAUUCCUAAAGAGAGUAGAGUAGCUGUUUUUGCAAAAAAACCUCAGUGUAGAGGCCUACUGGAAGGGCAAUACAGCUAGUAGAAGAGCUCUUGUGUACUCGGGCUAUAGUAACAAAAACAUUUCAAAGGCUACUGAAGGUAUGGUGGUCAAAGUAACCAAAGCUGUGAGUGAUCUCACUGUGAAAGAGAAAGAUGCUGCAUCGUCUUUCCUCGCGACUGGAGGUCCAGUCUAGGGAGGCCACUCGCUCGGCCAGGAGGGCCGGGGGCAAGGACCUUCUCUGCUGGUGCCCGUAGGAGCUGCCUCGGGUCAGGUGGACCUGGAUCACGGGCCACUCAAGCGCGCUAGCCUUGGCCAGGAGGGCCAAGGACUGGCGGCCAGAAGGGAGCACGCCAAGGGGGCGCUGCAGGUUGGCCAGGAGGGUCGUUUUCCUGUAGCGUCCCUACACUCCAUGCGGGGUGGUGAUCAUGGUCAGGUGGACCAGAAUGCAUCAUUGUACGCCCCUGCACCCCCUACUAGCGAAGGCCAGGAGGGCCAAGCGCUGGUGGGGGGAGCGGCCACAACCACGGCAGCUUUAACUGACCAGGCGUGCCAGGACAUGUUGCAUCAGGGGAAUUUUACUUCCCCAAUCAGGUCUGUUGCGGCUAUGGCUGCGUACCAGCCUAACUGGGUCGGCCAGGAGGGUAGGGAGGCUCUGCAGUGGGGUGAUCAACUCCUCUUUCGGCCGGUGGUGCUGGAGGCGCUGUCGGGAGCUGUCGCUGCAAGACUUGCUCCAAAAAAUACCACUGACACCCCUAUUUACACUUUCAAUGCUACAAAGAACUCCAUGUAGGGAAAGACAAAAGGAAAGGGCAGAAAAGGAAAGAAGGGAGGAGGAGUUGGGAGUUCAGAGGAAGCAUGCAAGAACAUUAUAGGUAAAAAAGAAGCCUCUAUGAAGCUCCAGCAACUGGUAGUGAGCUAGAUUUCUCUUUUGAGAAAACCAUGGAUAGCUAUGAGCGUAUUAUGUAUGGGGACAUAAAUGUAUCUUCUAAGCGUGUAUGUACGGGUAGAGUGGAAGCUGUGAGAGAUGGAAAUGGGGUGGUUACUCACGUAUCAAAAGAAGUUGAGGAGAAAGAAGAGGCUCCGGGGCAGCAGAGAAGGGAGUCAGUUGGAGAUGAUGGCGCAUCGGCGGCCUCCGAAGAGGAGGUACGCCGGGCCAAACGAGAAUCAUCGGAUGGAACUGCCGUGGGAUGCUCUCUCCCACGGCGGUUCGCGAGCUCUUGGAUCUGCAGGAGCGUACCAAAGCAGAGCUAAUUUUCCUUUCAGAAUCUCACUUAAAUAAAUGUAAAGCCGAUGAGCUUCGUUGAGUUUUAAAUUUCGAUUCAUUGUUUGUAGUUG